CCCAUCCAAAUCCGACGUCGUUUCGCUUUCCCCCAAAUCCGAUUCCCUUCCAAAGCUCUUUUCUUCUUCCAUCAUAAAACCAACGGCGCCAUUGCUCCUUCUUACACACACUCUCUCUCUCACAGAUAAUUAACAUUCAACCACACACCACCAACCAAAUGGCCGCCAUUCCCUCACAGAUUCCCUCCUUCGCCGCCGUCUUCUCCUCCCUCGCCGUCAUUCUCCUCGCUGGAAUCUCCAAUGCCAGAGACCUCCGUCCAUCGGAGCACGGCUUAGAGUACCAAAACCCUGGCGCCAUGGAAAACUCCUCUCCGCAGAUGCAAUCCUUCUUCAAAGGAAACUCCUGGUCCUCCUCCGACGUCGCUCUCCCCAAGGCGAUGAACACUAGCCUCCCGCCGCAGUGGUGGAAUCGUAGCCACCGCAACCGCUCUGGAGCCGCUGCCGAUGGAGGCGGCGGAGAUCACAUUCGCGGCGCAUUGCUUGUGGCGAGUUUGGUAUGUGGAAUUAUAGGCAUUUCUUUACUCAUUGCUUCUGCUUUUAUUUACUUCUUUAAGUUCAGGAAGCAGAGUAGAUCGUCGUCUUCGCUCUCUGUCUCUGAAACUACUAACAUUAUACCUAACAAGUGAUUCUGAAGAGGAAUUUGCAUGUACAUAGACUCUGAGAUCUGGUUGUUCGCUGAUCUUAUUAUUAUUAUUUUUUUGAUUUUUCCUCUUGAGAGAGUUGCUGUGUUAGUGUUAAUUUUGGAUAUUAGAUCUUCUUCACAUUCUAUAUCAGAUUAAUUGUUGCAAAUUUCAGAUUCGUAUUAUAUUAUACAGUUUUAUUUUGUUGAGAUGUUUAAUUUGAUGAGAGAGAUUUGGAAUUGCAA